AUGAUUGCAAUAGGCCUCGAAGGCUCCGCCAACAAACUCGGCGUCGGCGUGAUAUUACAGCCUUCUAAAGGCGGCCCUGCACAAAUAUUAUCUAACAUCAGGCACACCUACGUCUCCCCACCCGGAGAAGGGUUUUUACCAAAAGACACCGCCAAACACCAUCGCGCGCAUGUCACGGACCUGGUCAAGCGUGCACUGGUCGAAGCAGGCGUCACAGUCCAAGAGGUCGACUGUAUCUGCUAUACCAAAGGCCCUGGAAUGGGGGCCCCAUUGCAGAGCGUUGCCAUCGCCGCCAGAACUUUGAGUCUCUUGUGGAACAAACCGCUCGUGGCCGUCAACCAUUGUGUGGGGCAUAUUGAAAUGGGCCGAGAGAUCACGGGCGCCACGAACCCUGUGGUCCUCUACGUCUCGGGCGGGAACACCCAGGUGAUCGGCUAUAGCACUCAACGGUAUCGCAUUUUCGGCGAGACACUCGAUAUCGCGGUGGGAAAUUGCCUGGAUCGAUUUGCAAGGACGUUGAACAUUUCGAAUGACCCUGCCCCCGGGUACAAUAUCGAGCAACUGGCCAAGAAAGGUAAAGUGUUGCUUGACCUGCCUUACGCUGUCAAGGGUAUGGAUUGUUCUUUCAGUGGGAUUUUGGCACGGGUGGAUGAGCUCGCGGAACAAGUGAAGGCGGGGACCUUGAAGGAUCCUGCCACCGGGAACGCCAUCACACCUGAAGAUCUAUGUUUCUCUCUCCAGGAGACGGUCUUUGCCAUGUUGGUGGAAAUCACCGAGAGAGCAAUGGCCCACGUAGGUUCCAAUCAGGUCCUCGUUGUUGGCGGGGUGGGAUGCAAUGAACGCGUACAGGAAAUGAUGGGCAUAAUGGCCAGAGACAGGGGCGGCAGCGUCUAUGCGACUGACGAAAGAUUCUGCAUCGACAACGGUAUCAUGAUCGCACACGCGGGCCUUCUCGCAUACCGGACAGGAUUCCAGACGGCUCUGGAUGACAGCACUUGCACACAACGAUUUCGAACAGAUAGCGUUCAUGUUGCAUGGAGAGAAGAUUGA